AUGGCAGCCUCUUCCUUCUAUUCCCCGAUGCUACCUCAACGGUUUCAGUCACAUUUCUCCAGGAGACCGCCUCCCCGCAGAGCCAGGUCUCAUGGCCAUAACAAGCUACUUAGAAAGGUUCGUGCCGCUUGGAAUCAUGAAGACGCUGAUGAUCUCCACGAGCAUCAGGGAGGAGUCGUGGACGAGAACAUGAAGACUCUUCGACAGCGCGCUAGGGCGAUCAAGGCGAUGGAUAGAGGUGAUGGGCUGCUCGAGGAAUGGAUCGAGUGGGAGGAGCAAUAUUUUCAUACAUUCUUCCAAUCCGAUUCCUGGGAGAUACUUGGGUGGCUGCAGCUCGAUCCAGCGGACACUAGGCCAAGCUUGGCCAUCGGGGUGACGGUGAUGGUGAGACUGAGCAUCCCCAUCUCGGUGCUUGUCGGCAUGCUAUACUUCAUGGAUGCUGCAAAAGGAAUUCUUGAUCGAAUGCAUGUAAAUGAUGAACGAUUUACCAACCAUUAG